AUGGACGUGUAUAGGGAUAUUAGUUCGUGGUGUAGGUGUACGGUACCGUGUUGGCGGGAGGAUUGUUGUUUUACGCGCCGAGCCUGCAACUAUAUAUAAAUUAUAAUUUAAGCUAUAUUAUACUCGCUGGCGAGCACAUAUACACACGAAAAGACAAAAAGGGACGCUAUUCAUUAAGAAAAUAAUUCUAAGAGAUUACAUCCAAAUUUGGUGUGGUUUUUGUGGUCGAAUCAUUAUAAAGAUGAUUGACGUAUUUUGUUUGAAUCCACUGUGUGGGUUAAUUAUUUGCCGGCAGUGGUGUAAUCAGCUCGCGCGCGGUAGUCGGAUCGGCAAACGGUGGAAUCACGAUUUUACAUUAAACCAUGGACGUACAUUAUCAACUCCGAGGUUGAAUUGAUGCCCCCUCCCUCUCAACUUCCUUGAAAAACAAAAACCUCCCUCCUCCCGCCACGUCAGGGGAAGUAACUAGGUUUUCACAGUCCAGCCGCAUGCAGUUGUGUGGCGCGUGAAUUUUAUCUUGGAGAAUAGAGUACAUUCUGCUAUCUGCUCAGUUUGAAAAAUCUGAGAUGGCAGAACCUAGCAGCCACAAAAAAAGGGCAGUAAAUGAGGCAGAAGAAUGGAGCAAAAUACGAUCGGCCCUGGUUGUUGCCCGAAUGGAAGGAUUUUGUCCUGCUUCAAACCAGUGUUCCUUCUGUAGGUCUUCUGAGGUUCCCGAAGUCAUAUGGUGUCCUGACUGUGGACCCAACACUCUGUAUUGCAUGACGUGUAAUGAGAAUAUACACCGCGUGGUAAUGUACCAUCAGUCGUAUGUUUGGAAAAAUGAUGUUUCUAUGCUUGUGCCCCUUAUUAGAGAUACAACACUCAUCCAUGAACACUCAUGUGACAGCAUAUACUCUCGUCAGAUAAGCGUUUUUGACUCAUUGGGGAGACAGCAUAAAGUAAAAUCCCAUUUCUGCCAGUGUGAGCCAGAAGUUGAUACUUUAGUUAGAAGGGGAUUAUGGCCAGCAACAUCCAAACAACCAGAAACAGCCUUCGCGAUAACACUGAUGGAGCUAUGCCGAACGCUAAAGCAUGAAGGCCAAUUAUCUCUACAAAAGUUUUGCUUUGCCUUAGAAGGAAGAACUACUUUCUUGCCUCCUCACACAACUGACUUCAAAAGCCUCUACCUGGCACUGGGAAACGCACUAACUGAAUUCCUGCACUACAAGGGAGGUGCGCCUCGAUUACAGAAGCAAGAAGACUGUGUGAGAAAAAGAGUGCACAUGAAAAUAUAAGACGAAAGAAUUUUGCAGGGCACAUAUACUGUGUGUCACGGGCCACAAUCACAUAGGUAAAAGUCAGAGGGAACUAGCAAUGUCUUAUACGAGUUUCUACUUGCAAAAGAAAAGCACACAUAGAUGUCUUGGCAUUGUUUCGGUCUGUUUCUGUUUGGUGACCAAGUGAUUAUGAUUAUAAAGCUCAUCACAUUCUGAACAUUUUCACUUCUUUGUGAAUGUGUUACAGGAUGAGAAAUUUUAAAUGUUUCAUUUUUUUUCUUACUGUUAUUUUAUCACUAAGAAGCUGUAGUAUCUUUGGGGGAAAAUGUGUGAGUACCACAAUUGCUCAUUAUUUUUGCUGCCUUAAUAGAGAAAAUGCCCAACAUUUUUGUAUCCCCGUGUAUUGCCACACUCUCAACACAAUCAUGAUAUUUCAUAUAA